UUAUUGUGAAGGCGGAGCGGAAAUACCUCUGUGUGUGGUUUUCGGGGUACUCGAUGUGUCGGUGUUGAGGCUCCGGUAACUUGUGCUCGGCGGGUUAACGGCGGAGCUCCGGGAGGCCGUUCAUGGAGGAAACGUGAAGUUUGACCGGAGGAGGAGAACUUUUCCCGCGGUGUGGGCGCCAAAGUGUGAUGCGUUGGCAUGGAGGAGGCGGAGCACAACCGCUAUGUCUCUCAGCUGAAGGCCGAGUUCGACAGCUGCGACACGACGGCGACCGGCUUCCUGGACCGAGAGGAGCUCACGGCGCUGUGCCGCAAACUGCAGCUGGACGCUCACCUGCCACUGCUGCUCGCCACGCUGCUGGGCGAGAGGCGCUACGGCCGGGUGAACUUCGAGGAGUUUAAGGAGGGCUUUGUGGCCGUGCUGUCCCGCUCUCUGGACUUUGGGGCAUCAGAGGACGACAGCAGCUACCUGGAGCCAGCUGUUCCAGAGGAGGUGAAGCCAAAGUUGGUGAAAGGAGCGAAGCGUUACGGCCGCCGCAGUAAACCCGACGCCGCGAUUACCUGUGACUCAGAAGACUCUCCGCCGUUCAGAGCGGAGGCCUCAGACUCGUCACCGACCGGCGUCCGAAAGGCCAAACUGAGACGGGCAACGUCACUGGAAAGUGUGGAGAGCCUGAAGUCUGACGAGGAGGCAGGAAGUCAGAAGGAGACACCCCUUCAGUGUAAAGGUCACAACCAGGGGGAGGAGCCAGGAGAACACGCGCUGACGCUGGUGUGCGAACACCUGGGUCUGCAGCACCUGCACACUGAGGAAGUGGAUGUGCUGCUCAGGAAGUUGGAUCCUGACCUAGAUGGCAGGGUCAGCAUCAGGGAAUUCAAGAAGGUACUCUGUGGCUCCAUCCCCAUCACCUGUUCCACCCCAGUACGACAAGCUGACCUGAGAGCGCCACACAAGCCUCCGGCGGUGUCGGAGGAGCGCUCGGCCCGCUCCGCCUCGCCCUCCCUGCUGACGGCUACCGUGGGUCAGCGGGUGCUCACCCGGCUGGACGACGGCUCGGGAUGUACAAGCCCCGAGCGUGUCGCGGCCCUGUGGACGGAGGAGGGCAUCGGGAACAGCCGGGACAUCCUGCAGACUCUGGACUUCCCCUUGGAGGAGCGCCUCAGUCUGGCAGAUCUGACGCUGGCGCUGGACAACGAGCUGCUGGUCAGCGGGAACGGCAUCCACCAGGCGGCGCUCAUCUCCUACAAGAUCGAAAUCCAGCACCUGCAUGACGGAGCCGAGCUCUAUGAUGAGGAACUGAACGCUGAGCCGGCUCUGUCGUCUGUGUUCAGGGAGGUGGCCGAGCAGGCCUGCAGGGAGCGUGACAAGGUGAAGGCCGACCUGGAGCGGGCCGACCGCAGGAACCUGCAGCUGGUCAGAGAGGUGGACGACCGGCACGCCAGCAUGGAGACGCUUAACCAGAGCCGGAUCAGGGACCUGGAGCAGGACUUCCGCGAUAGGCUGAUGGCUCUGCGCAGCGAGACGGAGCAGGAGAGCGAGGCGCUGCUGCAGCACGUAGAGCGAGAGCACGGCACCCUGCAGGAGGAGCUGCAGCUGCUCAGAGCGCAGGAGGCGGAGCUACAGGAGGAGCUCUGCAGCGCCGUCCAGGAGAAUGGUCGUCUGGAGGAGGAGCUGAACACGGUGAAGAUGAAGCUGACUGAAGCCGAAGGCUCAGCGAGGCGACUGCAGAGAGACCUGGACCAGAUGCUGAAUGACAAGUUUGGCGGUUUGGACCCGUCCAGCGUUGGUCUGAGUCACGAGGAGAGAUUCUCUGAAAUCAUCAAAGAAUACGAGCAGCAGUGCCGGGAGCUGCGGGACAGAAACGAUGAGCUGAGCUCAGAGUUGGAGCUGCUGAAGAAUCAAAGGAGAAACAGGAAGUGCAGAUGGUGUGCUGGAGCCGCCAAUGCGCUGAGCUGGAACCAGCAACACUCGGAGUCAGACUCUGACUCAGACGUGAAGCGCUGCUCGUCUCCUCAGGUCAGGAAGAAACUGGAGCCGUCUGAUAAAGCAGCUCUGUGCUCAUUGGACGACUCGGGCCCGGCCAUCAGCAUCCAGACUGAACUGGCCCUGGAACAGCUGAAGCAGAAACACGAGGAGGAGCUGCAGCAGCUGAACAUCCAGCUGGAGACGCAGAUGAACUACUACGAGCGCAGUCUGGAGAAGAUGAGGCAGAGCAUGGAGGUGGAGCGGAAGGACAUCUCUCAGGCCUUCAAGCUGGAGAUCAGCGAGCUAGAGGAGCAGAAGUCUCAGGUGGAGCAGCAGGUGAAGCAGCUGAAGGAGACCGUGGACAAACUGCAGACUCAGAUCCAACAGGGAGGAGGGCGGAGCAACGAGCAGGAGCGCAGGAUGCAGCGGGAACGCGCCGAGCUGGAGCAGAACUUCGCCAGAGAGAUCGGUAACCUGGUGCAGCGGCUGAGCGCAGAGAAGGACCAGCUGGAGGCGGAGCUGAAGCUGAAGAUGGACCAGGAGGUGAUGCUGGUCAGGGAGGAGUCGGAGCAGCAGCUCGCUCAGAUGAAGGUGCAGCACGGUGAGGCUCAGCGCCGCCUCCUGCACCAACUCCACCAGGAGCGCCGGCGGCUACAGGAGCAGAGAGGAUUCUGGGAGAGAAGGCUCGUGCAGGCGGAGCAGGAGAAACUGUGCAGUGAGGAGCGAGCCCGGGAGGAGAAGAGGAGCAUGGAGGAACAGCAAGAGGAAGAGGUCCGGCUCCUGAAAGAGGAGGUCUCCGGUUUGCAGGAUGCCCUGCGGGCGUCCAGCCAAUCAGAGGCCAGUUUGAAGGAGGAACUGGAGGCGUCUUACAGGCGGAGCAGGGAGCUGGAGGCUCGGCUGGAGGAGGCCUGCGCGCAGCUGGAGGAGAGCAUCGCCUUCUUGGAGUCUCAGGAGCUUCUGAACAAACGCCUGGCCUCGGAGAAUAGCUCGGCGGAGGAGGAGCUGCUGCUGGCGAGGAGCAGGGAGGAGGAGCUUCAGGUUCAGGUGUCCCACACGAAGGCCAAGCUGGAGGAGCUGCAGGCCGCGUCCGACUGCCUCCUGAGGGACCGAGAGGAGGUGGCAGGAAACUGCAGCCGGCUCUCCUGCACCGUUGCCCAGCAACAGGCUCAGCUCCGAGCCCGCGAGCACAUGGUCUCCUCCCUCAGGGCGGAGCUGGAGAACCUGCAGGAGGCGCUCAGGAGCAAAGCCGAGUCGGUUUCAAGACUUGCGGCCGAACUGGACUCUCUGAAGACGGACCGUGCCCGGCUGAUCCAGGACCUGAAGGAGCAGGCCAUGGCCGUGGACCACCUGCAGCUGCAGCUGGACGGCGUCUCCGAGGAGCUGGACCGGAGGAGGAGUGGCGAGGAGACCCUGAAGGAGGCUCUGAAGCAGGAGCAGAGCCGGACCUCGCAGCUCCGGUCCAGCCUGGUGGAGGAGAAGGAGGAGGUGUGGCGUCUGAGCCAGGAGAACGGGACCUACAUCCGGCUCACCGACCAGCUCUCCACCCAGAUCGUGGAGAUGGAAGAGGAGAUCUCUUCUCUCAGAGACCACCUCCGAGACCUCAGCGCCCAGCUCAACGACACCGCUGACCUGGUCCUGGAGCUCCGCAAGCAGCUCAACGCCAAGACCGGCGAGGUUGAGCCGGCGAGCAGCGAGCAGCUCCUCCAGCUGCAGACCGCCCUGCUGGACUCCGAGAACCGGCAGAGGACGGCGGAGGAGGACUUGGAGAGGGAGAAGAAGAAGAUGACCCGGCAGCUGCUGGAGUUGGAGGAGCUGGUUCUGGCUCUGGAAGAGCUGGUGGAGCCGGCCGGUGCACGCAGGACUCAGUUGGAGGAGGUCCAAUCAGAGAAUGCAGCGCUCCAGGAGAGACUCGGCGCCCUGCAGCAGGAAGUCCACGAGAUGGAGGACGAGGUCGCCAGGAAGAGGAGGAAACUGGAGGAGAUGGAGAGAGAACACGAGAGGAGCAGAGAAGAAGACGAGAGGCUGCACAGAGAGAACUCCAGAUAUCGUGAGGAGGUUCUGGAUCUGAGCAGCAGGAACCUGCAGCUGAGCACCGACAACGCUGAGCUCAGCGCCCGUCUCCAUGGAGACCAGGAAUCAGUCCGUAUGCUGCAGGAGCGCCUAGCGACGGUUUCUAAGGAGCAGGAGGAGGAGCAUGCAACGGUGCGGCGGCUGCAGGAUGCGGCGCUGCAGCACGAGCGGCAGAAGCUGCAACUGCAGGCGUCCUGGACACAGGAGAAACAGGUGCUGGAGGCGGAGCUUAGCACCUCCAAGGAGAAGCUGGAGCGCCAGGCGGUGCUGGAGGCGGAGUUCAGCGCCGUGACUCUGAAGCUGCAGUGGGUGGAGGAGGAUAAGGCCAAACUGCUGAGAGACGCCGACAAGCGAAAUACGAAGGUGGAGAAGCUGCAGCAGAGUGUGCUCUCUCUGGAGGCGGAGGCGGAGCUCCUUCGCUCUCAGCUCACCGCCGUCAGUCAGGAGAAACUCGGCCACGCCCAGGAUGCGACGGAGCUACAGAGGAAGUUGCAGGAGGCUCAGAGCAGGGUGGAGGAGUUGGAGGCCGGUGUCAGGAAGCUGAUGAGGGAGAAGGAGGAGCUCCAACAGGCCCUGCAGGAGCAGGAGGAGCAGGCCUCCGUCACUCUGCAGGAAGAGACCCGCAAACUGAGCGAGGAGCAGCAGGAGCUGAAGAGCAGACUGAGCGAGGCGGAGGAGGCCCGGAUCCAGGCCCAGGACCAGGCGGUGCGAGCGGACGCCGCCCUCAGUGUGGCGCAGGCACAGCACCUGCGACAGUUGCAGGAGGAUGACAGCUGCAGGGAGUGGGCGGAGCUAUUGCAGGCCCGGCUGGUGGAGGAGCAGAGGAGGUGUCUGCAGCUGGAGGAGGAGCUGAAGCAGCAGGAGCAGAAGAGCAGCUCUCAGAUCAGCACGAAGCAGGAUCAGUACGAGAAGGCGAUGGCGGCGCUGCAGCAAAGGGCGGAGGACGUGGAGACCAAACUGAAGGCGGUCCGUCUGCUCCUGCAGGAGAAGGUGGAGCAGCUUAAAGAGCAGCUGGCGAGGAACGCCAAGUCGAGCGCGCUGCUGAAGGACCUGUACGUGGAGAACUCGCAGCUGAUGAAGGCGCUGCAGGUCACCGAGCAGCGGCAGAAACGCGCCGAGAAGAAGAACUUCCUGCUGGAGGAGAAGGUUGGCGCGCUCAACAAGCUGCUGAGGGACAUCGUCCCUGCGUCGCUCGCCACAUAACCAUGCCAACGCGGAGCAGAAGAACCCCAGCAGGUGGGGGCGGGGCCUCACCUCUGCCCUGUGUGGAGCAGGUGGAUGUCUGUCUCCUCACUGAAGCAGUCCACACACACACACACACACACGUGUGUCAGUAUUAUCUUUGUUUAAAAUGAAACCUUUUUUUAUUUUUGCGUCGUUUAAAUAAAGUUUUAAUGUCUCUGUGACUCCGCCUCCUGCAGCUGA